GAAGAUCACAUGAAACUCAAAGUUCAAGGAUUAGAGGUCAAUAAAAUUUUGUUAACCCUAGUAUAAAUAUUAAUUUGUGUUUUAUAUAUUUUUCACACAUGAAUAUUUCUGAUCAACAAAAUAAAAAUGUUUUAUUGUGUUUGACAGUGUAUCUAUGGAUCUUAUGUCCAUUCUGCCAUUUUGCCCACUUUUCAUCGGCGAUGUUACUGGCUGCUGCAGGUAAAUCAAAAAUACUUGUUAAUUGUCACUGUAAAAAUGUAUAAAUAUUGUAAAACUAUACUUGAGAGAGAAUCUUGAGGAAGUACAGAAAUUUUAGAAACCGUUUUGUUAUUCAUACCUCCAUGUUGCUUAUGUUGAUAUUGCCACCUGAGUAUGAUUAAAUUCCUUCACAAGAGUUGUGUUCUGUUCUAUUCUCUUGUAGAAAUAAUAAAAAUAGACCUGAUUGGCAUAUCUUGCUUUGAAUAUUCAGAAUGAGGACCAUUUAAUUUAUCUUAUUUCUUUAAUCUCAUUAUGUUGUGUAUUUAGUUAUUUUUCUGUAAUGUCAUUUGUUUUCUUUGAUUAAUAAAACGCAAGCUCUCUAAGAUGAUUAACAAUCGGUUUUAAAUAUUACUUCCUUUCACAUUCCAUGUCAACAAUUGUUGUUUUUUUUUCAUUCCUAAAAAGAAUCCAAAUAUAGUUCUCAUCCACUACUUGAAUGUUCCAUAUCCUGAGGCGGCCAAGCCCUCCAUCCCCUCAUUGUCCUAUGAACUGAGACAG